GAUUGUUCCGACAGCACGUGAAUGCAGCACACAGAGUCCGAGGUACAGUGAGCUCGGUUCUUAUCUUCUUCAACUUUUCUCUGAGUUCAGGAAAGAAAGACGUGUGAUGGGGGGGGAGUAAAGGUGAAGCCGCUUCCUCGGGUCUGUGUCGCUGCUUCGUGUGCAGGUGAAGUUUCAUCAGACGAGCUGGAGCUUUCUUUUCUCAGCGUUACGACAAGAACUAGCUUGUUUAGUGCAGCAGCAUGGCAGAGCCACAGAGAAAAGGAGAACUGCUGCCCGAAGAUGUUUGCACUGACGACUGCCUGACGUCAUACACACACAUCUACAGUCCAGAUUUACUAAAGGAUCAGGUUGCUUUUAUCACAGGUGGGGGAUCUGGAAUAGGACUCAGGAUAGCUGAAAUCUUCAUGAGGCAUGGCUGUGACACGGUGAUUGCAAGCAGAAACUUGGACAAACUCAAAGAGGCGGCUCAAAAGCUGUCUGCUGCAUCAGGACGUCGUUGUCUCCCCGUGUGCUUGGACGUGCGGCAGCCUGAGAGCAUUGCAGCAGCUGUGGAUGAGACGCUGAAAGAGUUGGGUCGUAUUGACAUCCUCAUUAACAAUGCUGCUGGAAACUUUCUCUGCCCGGCGACCUCACUCUCCUUCAACGCCUUCAAGACUGUGAUGGAGAUAGACACUAUGGGAACAUUCAACUCCAGCAAGGUGGUUUAUGAGAAGUGGUUUAAGGAUCAUGGCGGCAACAUAGUAAACAUCUCUGCAACACUCGGCUACAAGGGGCAGGCCCUGCAGGUGCAUGCUGGCUCUGCUAAGGCUGCGAAUGACGCCAUGACCAAGCACCUGGCCGUGGAGUGGGGGCCCAGUGGGGUGAGGGUCAAUGCUGUGGCACCAGGUCCUAUCUCUGGCACAGAGGGAUUCCGCAGGCUGGGUGGUCCAAGAGGUGAAGCCGCUGGUGCCUUCCAGUCCAUCCCUCUGCAGCGAGCGGGCAACAAGACGGAGAUGGCCCACUGCACUCUUUUCCUGGCCAGCCGGGUGUCCUCGUAUGUGACCGGAGCCAUCCUGGUGGCGGACGGCGGGGCCUGGUUGACCUCAGGCAACGACGUCUCCAUGAUGUUGGGUAUAGCCUCCUCUAAAUCCGCUAAACUCUGAACAGGGGCUCUCCUGUACUCCUCCUGACCCAGGUUAUUGGUCACCUGAAAAGAAAAGAGACAAGUAAACGCUGAAGACAAGAGAGUGAGUUAGGGGCCAUGUUUUGUGGUUUAUCUCACCACUGCUGUCAUGAGAGCGUUUUUCUUAGUGGCUUAAGGUGUUGAACACUAACAUACUGUACUUACUGUAUUAUAUGUAUGGGAUUUUUUCACCCACUGCAAAGCUGUUUCUUAUCAUCAUGCAUCUCAUCUAUUAAUAAAGUUUUAUUAUUAGGUAA